AAUGAUAAGAUAUUCAAAACUAAUAAUUGAACCAAAGUAUGGAAAUUAUAUUCAUUUAUGUCAAGUUGAAGUAUUUUCCAGUAAUAUCGCUCAUUGGAAGUUGACUAUUUCAAAAUACAAUGAUGGUGGUUUUCUGCAGAAAUUAACAAAUGGAGAUGAGAGUGAUUCUGUUAAGUUACGUUUAGGCAAAAAUUAUUGGGUUGCAAUUAAUCUUUUAGCGUACUACAAUGUUUUUGGCUUAGAUUUUAGACUAGUUUCAAGUGCUUUAAACGCAUUCAAAUCUUUCUAUGUUGAAUUGACAAACGACAAUCCCGCCGUUCAAUAUAAUUCAAUGAAUUAUUCAUACUGUGGUGAAAAGGACGACAAUAUUCUUGGAGAAAGUGACAAUUUUUAUACAAUUUUAUGUAAAACUGGUGGAGUCAAAGGUCAAUUUGUUGUUUUACGUUCAAAUUUAUUAAGUAUAUAUGUAGUUGUAAGUGAAAUUGAAAUAUUUGGAAACUAUUUGAAAGAUUUAGAGAAAAGAUCUCAAAACAUUCUAUUUAAUAAACCGUGUUGGGCAUCAACUAUUUAUUCAAGUAGGUCACAUGCCUAUUUGGCAACACUUGGAGUUCGUGGCGGAUUAUUCCAUACAAAGAGGGAGAAUAAUCCUUGGAUUUGGAUAGAUAUGCUUGGAAUGUAUAAACUAUUUCAAAUCGCUAUUCUAAAUAGAAAUAAUAGGCGUAAGUUAGAAUAG